AUGAGGGUUGUGACAUUACAAAGUCAUGACAUCACUUUAUUUAUGCUAGACACAAAUGGUUGGAGGUUCAAAGAACCAUCUAAAAUAGGUAGUAGUAAAAAGUUUAUUUGUUUAAUUAAAGCCACCAAUUCAAAGAUAAUCUUAAGACUGGAGCUUAUGGAAAAGCAAUAUAAAGACCGAUGGCGCCUUUCUAAACGUCAAUCUCGAUAUCAGCUCAAAGCGUCUUGGCACGAUCCAGAAGAUCGGUGA